AGUAGGAAACAGUAGUAUGAAAAACAGAGAGGUGCAAAUUUUGCUACGACGUCUCUCCAGUUUUCGAUGCGAAGCGAAUUUUACGUCGGUGAUUUCACAUCUUGAAAUYCUCUUUCAUCGCAACGGUAACAGUAAUUUGUCGACGAGCAUACCCAGAUCAAUGCCUAAAGAUGACAUCGCGAUAUCAGAAUAAUCAAACGCAACGAAGGAGGAAAAAAAACUUCAAGAAGAUCUCCCCCGCCGAAGAAAUUGCAGCUCUCAAUGCACGAAUUGAAGAGGAAACUCCCGCCAGGGGUAGCCUUGCACAUGCAAARAAUUCGGUGGUUUCUUUUGCGUCACAACCGUUGUCCAGUGCUACGUUACAAGGAUUGGAGAAAAACGGAUAUACCACCAUGACGUCCAUACAGUCGGGGAGCAUCCCGCAUGCCCUCGCGGGUCGUGAUAUCUUGGGAGCUGCUAAGACGGGUUCGGGGAAAACACUAGCGUUUCUGAUCCCUUUGCUGGAGCUACUGUUUAGACAGCGCUGGACACCUCAAGAUGGUGUUGGAGCGAUUGUCUUGUCUCCGACUCGAGAGCUGGCAGGUCAAAUAUUUGCUGUAUUGCGGAAAAUUGGACAACAGCACUCUUUUUCUCUGGGAUUAUUGAUGGGAGGACGACACAAGAACAAACAAAAUAUUGAGUCCAACGAUUUCGUUCGGGAACAGCAAUCGAUUCCUACGACAAACAUUCUCAUUUGCACUCCGGGUCGACUCUUGCAACAUUUAGAACAAACUCCGUACUUCAAUGUCGACUCGUUACAAAUGUUGGUAUUGGAUGAGGCCGACCGUAUUUUGGAYAUGGGAUUUCGGGAUCAAUUGGUCAGAAUUUUGGAUUAUUUGCCACAAGGAGAAGCAAGGCAAACCCUGUUAUUCAGUGCCACUCAAACAAAAGACGUUAAACAUUUGGCAACUUUGAGUAUUAAUCGCAAAACCGUGGAAUAUGUUGGCGUUCACGAUGAAGAUUCAGCCAAAACGCCAGAUCGACUGAAGCAGGCUUACGUUUUGGUUCCUGUCGAACACAAACUGAACUGCCUGUAUUCCUUUAUAAAGACGCAUUUGAAAUGCAAGACAAUCGUCUUUUUUGCGACUUGCAGUCAAGUUCGGCAUGCCUGGGAUCUGUUUUGCCGACUUCGUCCCGGAUUGAGUGUWUUGGCUAUCCAUGGAAAACUCUCCCAGACCAAACGGCUUCAAGUUUAUGACAAAUUYACAACUACUCCUCAUUCCGUAAUGUUUGCCACGGACGUGGCCAGUCGAGGUCUCGACUUUCCGUCGGUAGAUUGGGUUGUCCAGGCGGAUGCUCCUGAGGAUUACGAUAUGUACGUCCAUCGAGUUGGACGAACAGCGCGUUUCCAGCAAGAUGGUCAGGCACUCUUGUUGCUGGAUCCAGCUGAGGAAGAACCAUUCGUAAGAAACAAUAAGAAUGAAAAAGAACAAAGGCUAAAAGCAAACCUUCAAAAGAAGUCUAUCAAUCCUACAAAAACCAUGUURGUCACUCAACGGGCAGCCUCUUUGGUGGCCGAGCACAGUUCGUUGUAUGCAUUGGCCAAGAAAGCUUUUUGGUCUUACGUYAGGUCGAUGUCUCUUCUACCUAAGGAUGGGAUCUGGACCAAUUUGCAAAUUCGCAAAUUGAAUCUCGAAGAAUAUGCGAACUCUCUUGGAUUACCAAAUAUCCCUGGUGAUCUGGAGAAAGUGUUGCAAAAUGUUUCUAGUCGCGAUGAUGUCAGAACGACGAAGAAYGUGAAUCGGAAGUUGCAAAAACUAAAGGAGCAAAUACGAUUGGAGAAAGAAGCAAAGAAGAAGAGAAAACGGCAAGAAGAGGAGAAGACCAAGGCAGAUAAUGACGAAGAUGAUGGAGAAGAUGACCUUUUGGUGGUUAAGGCAAGACACGAAGCUGGCGAUGUCGCUGAAGACCUUGUUCCUUUGGCAUCUACAAAAGUCCGAAAGCCUAAAAAGAUACGAAUUGAUGGAGGAAACUCCAGCGAAAAUGUUCACACAGUUUUCGAAGAAGAUGGAACUGUCCAGCCCAAGAUCUUUGAAGCAAAACACGACAGCGACGACGAUAGUGAUACUGGCAGCGUUGACGAUGAAGAAAUUGCUGAAGCUUUACAAGGAGCUAAUGAUGGCUACCUUAAGCAAGUUAGACAGCGACUGGAGAAAACCAAGGAACUUGAUAAGGAAGAAGAAAGAGAKAGAAUCCGUGCUAAGCAUAAGAAGAAACGUAUGAAAGAAAAGGACGGACGUCGUACAGAGGAAGGUGAUGGAGACAAACAACUAGCCAUUUUGGCUACCACAGAGACCACAUAUGAUAGUGASAAAAAUUCUCAGUCAUCAUCAUCAACGUCAUCCAACGACUCGACCUCUACUGCCUCUUCAAGCGACAGCGAAAGCGAUGAAAGCGAAGGUGGCGACAAUCCCAUGGACGUGGCUCGACAGGAAGACUUGGCCCUGUCUUUGAUUCGUGGUGGUUUCUAGGGGUACAUCUUCAGCUUCGGAAUUCAACAGGAUGGAUUGCCUAUCGAGCAUUGUGUCUAUCACAAGAUCACUUGCCAAGCUAAUUUAUA